AUGGUUCCUGUGCCACAGCAUCCCUUGGGCAGCAGCUGGGAAGGUAGAAACUGUAGCUUUUUGCAGGAAAUGGAUGUCAUCCAGAAACGGGAUGAAAACUGUUAUUGCUAUGUCCAAAACAGAACCAUUCACUUACAAUACGUCUGGUCGACUCUUCAGGUCAAAGUUAACAGCAGAGAAAUAUUCACGUUUGAGCCUAUUUCAGAAAAAAGUAACUGUCGCAAUUCAGAAACCGUUUUUGAGUUUGCUGCGUGUGCUGUUCGAGUCUUCUGGAAGCCAGAGACAUCUACAGAAACUUCCUUGAGCAUAAAACAAUAUGGGGAUGACAUUUGUUUCAAAAUACAGCCCUCCAAAGCCGAGCCGUACACUGUGAGCGUGAAACGGGAAAUGCUAGAUGGAAAGAUCUUGGUUUUGUUUGUAGCUGGAAUUUUUCUGUUCCAUUUUGCGAACAGCCUGAGCAGGAGUACCAAGUUCUUCUACCUUUCUGGAGUAAUACUGGGUGUUUUUGCUCUGCUAGUCUUUGUCCUGUUGACACUUAAAAGGUUUAUUCCAAGGCACAGUACCUUCUGGAUCUUAAUGAGUGGCUGCUGGAUGUGCUCUCUCUAUUUUAUUUACUGCUUCAAAGAGAAUAUGCAAUGGUUGUGGUCUGAACACAGAAACUACUUGUUGGGGUAUUUUCUGACUGUUGGAAUCAUCAGCUUUGCCACUUGUUACCAGCAUGGACCACUUACCACUGAACUGAGCAUAACCUUCUUCACCUGGACACUGCAGUUAACAGCCUUUGUCUUGAUUUACUGUGGUGUCACCAUACCUCAAGUUGCAUAUGCAGUUAUAGCAGUCAGCCUCUGUUCCAAAGGCCUGUGUUACCCCCUUGGUGCUGCUUGUCACAUAGGCAGAAAAAUGAAGAACCACUUCAAAUCAAAAAAGUUAGUGUUUAAGUGCCUUACUGAAGAGGAGUAUCGAGAACAAGGUGAAGCAGAAACUAGCAGAGCUCUGGAGGAGCUACGCUCGUUCUGCAGGAACCCUGACUUCCCAUCAUGGGUAGCUGUGUCCAGACUGCAGUCCCCACACAGGUUUGCAGGUUUUGUUCUGGGAUCUCCCCAUGUCUCACCUGCAGAAACAAAGGCACACGAGGAGGAAUAUGGCAUUGGGAGCUUCUUCCUGGAAGAGCAGCUCUUUGAGACGCUGGCAGAAUCUGAGCAAGAUGAUCCAGCUGGUUCUAUCCAUGAAGGAGAGGAGGAGGAAGAUGAAAUGCAUAAACACCUUCCAUUUCCAUAUGCUACUGAGCUGCUUUGA